AAAGAAGGGGUUAUUCCCUCCGUUGGAUGUGCUAGGUACAGAUUGAAUUUGACGGUGAAGGACUUUCUCAAGACCGAGGAGGAGCUCAUUGCAAAGGUGCACGCGGUGACAUCCAAGCUGAUAACACAUAAGGGGCGCUCGGUUUGCUACGCCGUGUCUCCCUUCUGUCGCCUCUGUUACGAAACGACAAUUGCUAGACUAGCACAUACGAUAAAGUGGCGCGCUAUCCGAAGCUCUAACCCGCCAUAA